AUGCUUAAAGAAUUAAAACUGCAGGAAGUCAGGGAGACAUUAGGAAAAAGGGGACAUGACAAAACAGGGUUAAAGUUGACAUUGCUUAAUAGAUUGGAAGAAGCACUCAUCAACGAGGGAGAAGACCCGGAAACCUAUGAAGAGGGAGGUAUGGAUGAAGGAGCAGAAGGAGAAAUAAUGAGAACGCAAGAGAGACUGGAAACGGAAAACAGAGACGAAAAAAUGAUGAAAUUUAUGGAGACAAUAAUGAAUAGGUCAAUGGAGAAAAUAAAAAAGAAGAUGGAGGAAAGCAGGGAGUCCAUAGAGAAGAUGGAGAAAAAAAUUGAUAGCCUGAGCAAAGUAGUAGAAAAAUGGUUUGAAGAUGACGACAAAAUAAUUCAAGAAUUGAAGAAUAGGCAGGAUGUGACUGAAGUGGCCUUCCUAACGCAGGAGGAGCGCAUGUUCGACUUUCAAGCAAACCUGCAGGAAGAAACAAGACAAUAA